AUGGCUUCCAGGGGUGGUGGAUCCAUAGGCCGAGGUGCAGGCAGGGCUCAGGGCAGCGCACCGGGAUCUCCACCACGACAUAUGCAGGGGCGAGUAGGGGAUGGACCGGGUGGAGCCGGCGCGAUCUUCGUUGGGGGGUUGCUUACCGUACCGGCGCCGAGCUCUCGUCGCUCUUUCCAUUACGACGGCCCUCGGCCCCCUCCUUCGGGGAAGACGCCGACGCAGCCGGAGAGCGGCAGUGAGGAGGAUGAGGAGGAGGAUGGUGAGGGCGAGAAGGAGGAGGACACUGAGGGGAGCGGGGAUGACAGCGAGGCGGCGUGGGACCCAGAGACGCAUGGCAGUGGGGAGGGGGGAGAUGAUGAUGAUGAAGACCACGAGAUGGAUGGGUUGGAGCCAGAGGGGCGGGAGGAGGAGGUGGGAGAGGGUGGUGGAAGGGCGGCGACAGAGGCGGGAUCACAGCAUGUGCGUGAAGGGGGAGGGAGCGUGGGGGUUAAGGUGGGGGGGGGAAAGGCCGUGACCAUUAGGGAGCCGAGGCAGAGGAAGAAAGCGAACAAGUUGAGAGAGCGGGCGUAUCCCUGCACGUUCACUGGGGAGCCCUUGGGCGAGGGUGUGAUCGCUCCCGAGUUCCUAGACGAGGACGGAGGGUCCGAGAGUAGUAAGGGGACUGGCAAGGGGGAGACGUUUCCCCGAGGGGGCUACAAGGGAGUGCCGGAUGGCUACGUCUAUCAGUGGCCACAUGCCAAGACUUGGCCGCAGCUCGCCAAGGGGAAAGCGAUGGCGACUGGUGGAGGUGAUGGGUCAGGAGGGAUCGAGCGGUGGAUGACAACCAAACUGACCUCGGUGCAGCUACGGCAGGCGAUCACGAAGCUGGUGGUCACCUGCGACCUGCCCUUCCGCAUCGUCGAGGCCGAGGCUUUUCGUGAGCUACUCAUCCUGUUAAACCGCAACUGCGCGCAGAAAAACUUCAUCCCCUCGCGCUGGACGGCUUCCCGCGACACAGUGGUCUAUGCGGCUGCCGCUCUUCAGUCAGCCAUCGCGGAGAUGCUGGCGAAGGAGGGGGAGCUGGGGUACAGGGUGUCGUUCACCAUCGACAUGUGGACGUCGCCCAACAACAGGGCGUGGCUAGUGGUAACGGGUCACUGGAUCGACGAGAAUUACCAGCUGCGCACAAUGGUGUUUGAAUUCCGCGAGAUUCACGGACGUCACACGGGCAAGCAGAUGGCGAGGGUGGUUGAGGAGACGGUGGUGCAGUGGGGGUUGGAGACGCGUUGUCUUGGGUUCACCUCGGACAACGCCUCCAGCAACACUGCCGCUUUCAGGUGGAUGUCGGAGGAGGGUGGUGGCCAGUGCUUCUUCAACUCGCGCAUGCACUUCCGGUACGAAAGGGAGUGUGCGUGGGAUGUGCGAUGA